AUGAAGCAACUUCUCCUAGUUCUAUGUGUUCUUUCACUGGCUAUUGCUAGGACUACUGCUCAAUUUGGCCCAUUGGGCAUCUUGGGUGGACUAUUGAAUCCUGGAAUGGGAAUGGGAGGCAUGGGAAUGAUGGGUCCACCAAUGGGAAUGGGAGGAAUGGGCCCAGGGAUGGGCAUGGGCAUGGGCCCUGGAAUGAUGGGCGGCGGUAAGUUCUGUCAUGAUUUGGGGUUAUCUGACUAAAGAAGCCUUUAUCAGUCGAUAUCCUUUUUUCAGGAUGGGGAUAA